ACGUUCUGUAGGCUUGGACAAAUGCAUACUGACAUGUGUCCACUGUGGUAAUAUCCCUGCCAGUGUAGCUUCCCUGCCCUAAAAACUCUGUCUCCCCCCAACCCCUGGGAACCACUGAUCUUUUUACUGUCUUCAUGGUUUUGCCUUUCCCAGAAUGUCCUAUAGUUGGGAUCAGGAUCAUGCAGUAUGUACUUUUCCAGAUUGGCUUUAAUGAUAAGCUUUUAAAGUUCCUCUGUGUCUUUUCAUGGCCUAAUGGCUCAUUUAUUUUUAAUGCUGAGUAACAUUCCCCUGUGUGGAUGUAGCGGUUUGUAUACCCACUCGCCUGCCCCUGGGCUGUCCCCGCUGCUGCCUUCCUGUGUGGUUGGCACGCCUUAUCUCUGCAGCCGCUGCAUCCGUCUUCGGAGCGCCUUCUCCCAUCCCCUGGCAGCUCAUUGCUGUUUCUUUUGUGUGUAUGGAGCUUUGCCCAGCUGGGGGACAUGCCACCAGGGCGGGUGCUUCCGCUUUAUCCUUGCUGUGCACAGCUUGGCAUUGGCUGGGACCUGGGGCUGGGUGUGACUUGGAGGAGCCAGUGUCAGUUCAUUGGGUUUCACUGGGCUGGGACUGCAGCACAUGGACCAGGCCACUGGUGUCCUUGCUGCAUGUAUGACUAGAGCCCUCUCUGAGGCCCUGCCUGCCGCAGGCCUGCCUCCUCCUCCUCCUCCUCCUCCUUCGGUGGCGCGGGAGCCAGCGUGAAGUCUCUCACGGUGCGAGUGUGCCAUCCUCUUCUGCUUUAAGGGAUGGGGCAGCCUGGCCACGUUGUCACUUCUGGCUCUCACUGGCUGUGUGACGUUUGUCACACGGAACGGGAGAAAGAAAGCAUCCUGAAAAUGCCAGGGGAUCAUUGCUCCAGAAGGAGGGGUGGAUGGUUUUUAAUGGGAGCUUUUCUCUUGAGGGACUGUGGACAGCUUGUCACCACUGUUACCAUCCUUUCCCAUGUCGUUGCAUGCAAUGAGGACUGAGAAGAGCAAGGGCAGCAGGACCCUGGAGGGGCAUAGGAUGUUUCUGUGUGCCAGGCCCUGGGCUGGUUGCUUUCACGCAGUGCCACUCUAGGACGUGGGUUCCAUGGGGCCAGGACUGAUUUGUUCUAGACGUAGCGUGAGCUCCAUUCGUAUUUGUCAGAGCAAUGACAUUAUUACUAUAAUAAACAUUAUUAUCGGAUGCUAAUUGAUUAAUUAUACAUUAAUAUGAUUAUCUGCUAAAUAACUAUUUAGCAGAUAUUUCUCACAACAACUUUGUAGGCCAAGUAGGUCUACUUCUGGUUUGCAAACAAAAAGUGACACCAUUAUGGCAAGGAACUGCAAAUGUGCCUGGAAUUCAGAAGAGCUGAGCCUAUAAUUUAUUGAGUCUUCUUCAUUGGGAGCCUAUGUAGAAGCUGGUUUGGGAGCUCAAAGUGGAGCAGCUUUUGGGAGCCACUGCUAAUUACCGAUCAGUUAUACAGAGGAAAAGCCUCUUAGAUGAAUGAGACUGUGCAGUGGGAUUUAGACCGGCGACUUCAGAACAGACACAUCUGGAAAUGUUCUAAGUGGUGUUGACAGGCAGGAGAGACAGCUGUUGCACAGCCUUGCAGACGGGCCGAGCUCUGUGUGUUCACGUGUAGCCAGGACAGUGCAGUGGAGGGAAUAUGGAUGAGGAGCAGUUGGAUGGAGGUGGAACAGGGUUGUCCGUGGCCUUGCUGGCUAUGAUGAAAAAUGUGGGCCUUGUUCUGAGUGAUGAGAAGCUGUUGAAACAUUUCACAUGGGGAAAGGAUAUGAUCUGAUUUAUGAUAAGAGCAUGACUCUGGCCACUGCUACUUUGUGGCAGUGGAUUGGAGGGAGGUUGUGUCAGUUUGGAAUGGUAUUUGUUGGUAACAAAAAUCUACAAGCAAGUAAUUUAAAGAGAUUAACAAUUUUAUUAGCAAGUCUGCACAGACUUGCUAAUAAAUGGACAGCAGAAAGCAAGUGCAAAGUCUCCAUUAUGUUAUCAGGGUCACACAGGCUCUUGUGGGUUUCACUUGGCCGUUCUUAGAAUGAGACUUUUAUCUUCAUGUUCAUAGCAUGGCUGCCAGAGCUCCAGCCAUCACAUUCUAGUUCCAGGCAGCAGCAGGAAGGACUGAGGGAAUUGCUAGCUGAAUCAGCCUGCUUCCUGGAAUUGCCAUCUAAUAAAUUCACGUACAGUUCUUUGGCCAGAACUAUCACCAGAGAAGCUGGGAGAUGUAGUGAGCUGGGCACACUGCCAACCCAACUAACCUCAGGAUUCUGUUAGUGAGAGUGUAGGAACGUGGAUGCUGGGACAGGAAGCCAGUGAUCUCUACCACGGAAGCAAGAACAAAAGUGAGGUAAGGGAGUAGGAGGCUGCUGAAGAUGCCAGGAUGAGAGGUGAGCAUUGCUCAGAUGAGUGAUGGUGGUGGAGAUGGACAGGAGGAGACAAGCCCCAGAUGCCUUUGAGGCUGAGCAGCAGCACCAUCUAUGGAUUGGGGGUGGGGAUGGGGUUAGAGGUAGAUGCGGUUGGCCCCUGACUGCUGGUGCUUUUUUUAGGUGAGGACACGGACUGCAGGAAUUGGCUGGAAGCAGAGUGAGGUUCCGUUUCGGCUGUGUCUGGCUGGGUGUGGAAGGUGGCAUGUAGAGGUGGUAGGGAGGAGUGGGGUUCUGGAGUCUGGAACUCAGGGGUGUGGUUGUUCCAUGACCCUCACAGGACUCCUGGAUAGAAGGGGGAGCAAGGGACUCAGGGGUCCCAGGGUGUUGUUGUGAGUGAACUUUUUACAGAAGUGUAAUGUGAAAGUGCCCAGUCACUGGGCCCAGCUCAGGACUUUCUCAUAGAGUGAACCCAGGGGUGCAGAUGGCCCCAGAUCAAGGUGCUAGACCCCCUUGGGCCAGUCCUGUGGCGGGUUAGGCUGUGGGGACCAGCAAAGGUAUACCAGAACAGGAGCCAUGCAGUCCUCAGAGAAAGUUGGGGACAUGAAAGAUGGGGCCAGGAGGCCUGUGCACACCUCCUCCACCACCAGCUCCACGGUUCCACUAAGCAGCGUUAAGCCUGUUCUUUUACUAAGGGCUACUUCUUCCUGGGCAAAUCCGAGUGCGUCACCACCGUUUCUGUGGUGCACAGACUUCUUUAAGUGAGACUGGAAGAGCCAGCAGGGCCCCAUUUGGGGCAGGAGGUCAGACACUCCUGCAUGGUGAGGCCUCACGUGCAUGUGUUUGUACAGGUGUACAUCCAUGCAUGUGUGUGUGCAUAUGUUGUGUGUGUGCAUAUGUUGUGUGCGUGCAUGCAUGUGCACUCACGUGUACAUCUUAACUCUCUCUGCAGCCUCUGGUUUUUCUGGCCGUUUCCUCACUGAGCGUUACAAAGGCAGAGUCUCUAAGGGAAACUGAAACCUGAGUUCUCUUCCUUCAUUUUCAUCUCAUUACCAGCUGGACACAGCAGCCACACAGGAAGGAAGCUGGGCAGCCAGCCGGCCAUGUGUGUCUGCCGGGUGCCCCACACCAGGUCCCCUCCGUGUGUCUCUCCUGCGUUCUGGGCUGGGAGCUGGAGGAGCGGGAAGCACUGACUCCUGAAGACCCCGGCUUCACUUUCCUGUGUCCAUGUGGGCUAUCCACUUCUAAGACCCUCUUUGUCCCCCGCCGCCUUCCAUGUUCCUCAGCAGAUGUACCCGGCAUUUCUUUUGAGGCCCUGAAGAAGUAUCCAGUGGACUUUGGCACUGCAGUGGUGAGAGCGACCCCUCCUCUCCUGGAGAACUGGGAAAUGUGGAUUCUCAGGGACCGCGCUGUUCACCAGCUCCAGGCUGUGCUGCUGGCCCUGGUCCUGGGGCGCUGAGCCACAUCUGCAAUAGCACACUUUCCCGGCCACCUGCUGCCGUGAGCCUUUGCUGCUGAACCCCCUGGGGUCGCCCCUACCUGAUGAGGAUGUGCAUCCCUAUUAGGGGGCUGCUCAUGGCCCUUGCAGUGAUGUUUGGGACAGCGAUGGCUUUUGCACCCAUACCCCGGAUCACCUGGGAGCACAGAGAGGUGCGCCUGGUGCAGUUUCACGAGCCGGACAUCUACAACUACUCAGCCUUGCUGCUGAGCGAGGACAAGGACACCUUGUACAUAGGCGCCCGGGAGGCGGUCUUCGCUGUGAACGCACUCAACAUCUCCGAGAAGCAGCAUGAGGUGUAUUGGAAGGUCUCAGAAGACAAAAAAGCAAAAUGUGCAGAAAAGGGGAAAUCAAAACAGACAGAGUGCCUCAACUACAUCCGGGUGCUGCAGCCGCUCAGCGCCACUUCCCUUUACGUGUGUGGGACCAACGCAUUCCAGCCGGCCUGUGACCACCUGAACUUAACAUCCUUUAAGUUUCUGGGGAAAAACGAAGAUGGCAAAGGAAGAUGUCCCUUUGACCCAGCGCACAGCUACACAUCCGUCAUGGUUGAUGGAGAACUUUAUUCAGGGACGUCGUAUAAUUUUUUGGGAAGUGAACCCAUCAUCUCCCGAAAUUCUUCCCACAGUCCUCUGAGGACGGAAUACGCAAUCCCUUGGCUGAACGAGCCUAGUUUUGUGUUUGCCGACGUGAUUCGAAAAAGCCCAGACAGCCCCGACGGCGAGGAUGACAGGGUCUACUUCUUCUUCACAGAGGUGUCUGUGGAGUACGAGUUUGUGUUCAGGGUGCUGAUCCCACGGAUAGCAAGAGUGUGCAAGGGGGACCAGGGCGGCCUGAGGACCUUGCAGAAGAAAUGGACCUCCUUCCUGAAAGCCCGACUCAUCUGCUCCCGGCCAGACAGCAGCUUGGUCUUCAAUGUGCUCCGGGACGUCUUCGUGCUCAGGUCCCCGGGCCUGAAGGUGCCUGUGUUCUACGCACUCUUCACCCCACAGCUGAACAACGUGGGGCUGUCGGCAGUGUGCGCCUACAACCUGUCCACAGCCGAGGAGGUCUUCUCCCACGGGAAAUACAUGCAGAGCGCCACGGUGGAGCAGUCCCACACCAAGUGGGUGCGCUACAACGGCCCGGUCCCCAAGCCGCGGCCUGGAGCGUGCAUCGACAGUGAGGCACGGGCCGCCAACUACACCAGCUCCUUGAAUUUGCCAGACAAGACGCUGCAGUUCGUCAAAGACCACCCUUUGAUGGAUGACUCGGUAACCCCAAUAGACAACAGGCCCAGGUUAAUCAAGAAAGAUGUGAACUACACCCAGAUCGUGGUGGACCGGACCCAGGCCCUGGAUGGGACUGUCUAUGAUGUCAUGUUUGUCAGCACAGACCGGGGAGCUCUGCACAAAGCCAUCAGCCUCGAGCAUGCUGUUCACAUCAUCGAGGAGACCCAGCUCUUCCAGGACUUUGAGCCAGUCCAGACCCUGCUGCUGUCUUCAAAGAAGGGCAGGAGGUUCGUCUAUGCUGGCUCUAACUCGGGCGUGGUCCAGGCCCCUCUGGCCUUCUGUGGGAAGCACGGCACCUGCGAGGACUGUGUGCUGGCUCGGGACCCCUACUGCGCCUGGAGCCCACCCACAGCGACGUGUGUGGCUCUGCACCAGACUGAGAGCCCCAGCAGGGGUUUGAUUCAGGAGAUGAGCGGCGAUGCUUCUGUGUGCCCGGAUAAAAGUAAAGGAAGUUACCGGCAGCAUUUUUUCAAGCACGGUGGCACAGCGGAACUGAAAUGCUCCCAAAAGUCCAACCUGGCCCGGGUGUUUUGGAAGUUCCAGAAUGGCGUGUUGAAGGCCGAGAGCCCCAAGUACGGUCUUAUGGGCAGAAAAAACUUGCUCAUCUUCAACUUAUCAGAAGGAGACAGUGGGGUGUACCAGUGCCUAUCAGAGGAGAGGGUUAAGAACAAGACGGUCUUCCAAGUAGUCGCCAAGCACGUCCUGGAAGUGAAGGUGGUUCCAAAGCCCGUGGUGGCCCCCACCUUGUCAGUUGUUCAGACAGAAGGUAGUAGGAUUGCCACCAAAGUGUUGGUGGCAUCCACCCAAGGGUCUUCUCCCCCGACCCCAGCCGUGCAGGCCACCUCCUCCGGGGCCAUCACCCUUCCUCCCAAGCCUGUGCCCACCAGCACAUCCUGUGAACCAAAGAUUGUCAUCAACACGGUCCCCCAGCUCCACUCGGAGAAAACCAUGUAUCUUAAGUCCAGCGAUAACCGCCUCCUCAUGUCCCUCUUCCUCUUCUUCUUUGUUCUCUUCCUCUGCCUCUUUUUCUACAACUGCUAUAAGGGAUACCUGCCCAGACAGUGCUUGAAAUUCCGCUCGGCCCUGCUGAUCGGGAAGAAGAAGCCCAAGUCAGAUUUUUGUGACCGUGAGCAGAGCCUGAAGGAGACGUUAGUGGAGCCAGGAAGCUUCUCCCAGCAGAAUGGGGAGCACCCCAAGCCAGCCCUGGACACUGGCUAUGAGACCGAGCAAGACACCAUCACCAGCAAAGUCCCCACGGACAGGGAGGACUCACAGAGGAUCGACGACCUUUCCGCCAGGGACAAGCCCUUCGACGUCAAGUGUGAGCUGAAGUUCGCGGACUCAGAUGCAGACGGAGACUGAGGCCGGCUGUGCGUCCCCGCCGGCGCCUCAGCUGCGACGUGUCCAGGCCUGGAGUGUUUUGUGUUUCUCCUGUUCAGUAUCCGAGUCUCGUGCAGUGCUGCGUAGGUUAGCCCGCAUCGUGCAGACAACCUCAGUCCUCUUGUCUAUUUUCUCUUGGGUUGAGCCUGUGACUUGGUUUCUCUUUGUCCUUUUGGAAAAAUGACAAGCAUUGCAUCCCGGUCUCGUGUUCUGCAGUCAGUCGGAGUACUUGAAGAAGGCCCGCGGGCGGCACAGAGUUCCUGAGCCCUUUCUGUAGUGGGGGAAACAUGGCUGGACCUCUGUUGGCUGAGAAGAGCAUCCCUUCAGCUUCCCCUCCCUGUAGCAGCCACUAAAAGAUAAUUUAAUUCCAGAUUGGAAAUGACGUUUUAGUUUAUCAGAUUGGUAACUUAUCGCCUGUUGUCCAGAUUGGCACGAACCUUUUCUUCCACUUAAUUAUUUUUUUAGGAUUUUGCUUUGAUUGUGUUGAUGUCUUGGGUCAUUUUUUUUUUUUUAAUUACAGAAGCAGAUGUUUUAAUAUUUAGAAGAAGAUGUAUAUCUUCCAGAUUUUGUUAUAUAUUUGGCAUAAAAUAUGGCUUACGUUGCUUAAGAUUCUCAGGGAUAAACUUCCUUUUGCUAAAUGGAUUCUUUCUGCUUUUAGAAAUGUAGACAUGAACACUGCCCGGAACCCACUCACCUUUUUCUUUUUUCUUUUUUUAACUUUAUUCCUUGAGGGAAGCAUCGUUUUUGGAGAGAUUUUCUUUCUGUACUUUGUUUUACUUUUUCUUUUUUUUAACUUUUACUCUCUUGAAGAGGAGGACCUUCCCACGUCCGCGAGGUGGGUUUUGAGCAAGGGAAGGUGGCUGGGUGAGCUGAGUGGAGCCAGGCUGGCCCCGAGCUGAGAUGGGAGCGCGGUACGAUCUGGAGCCCACAGCUGUCGGUCAGAACCUCCUGUGAGACAGAUGGAACCUUCACAAGGGCGCCUUUGGUUCUCUGAACAUCUCCUUUCUCUUCUUGCUUCAAUUUCAUACUUCUGCCUGCCCGGACUUUCCAUCCAGCCUCACUGAGCUGCCCGCCACCGGAACAGAACUGGGCCUCCGUGGCCGGGGCCGCGAGCUGCCACCACAGCACCCUCAAGCGCACAGCGCUGUUCUGCCACUGUCCUGAAGAUGUCAAUGGGUGGUACGACUUCAACACUGGUGAAUUUCACACUCCAUCUCCCCGCUUUGUAAAUACCCAUCGGGAAGAGACUUCUUUUUCCAUGGCGAAGAGCAAUAAACUCUGGAUGUUUGUGUGCGUGUGUGGACAGUCUCGUCUUCCAGCAUGAUAGGAUUUGACCAUUUUGGUGUAAACAUUUGUGUUUUAUAAGAUUUACCUUGUUUUUAUUUUUCUACUUUGAAUUGUAUACAUUUGGAAAGUACCCAAAUAAAUGAGAAGCUUCUAUCCUUGA